ACAUAACUCCCCGAUCAGACACAAAAACACACACAAUUUUCUCGUCAUUUUAUCUGAAAACAAUCAAAAAAUCGUAAGCGAGCGCCGCCAAAGAACGCCAAAUGCCCAGCAGGCUAAUACGGUAGCGCGAUACUCCAUAGACAAUCCUAUAUAUAUACAAGUAUAUAUAUAUAGUUAAUAUAUCCAACGUUUUCGUGUUUAGUUAUAUCUAAUAUCCUAUUUUGAUAGUGGAAAUAAAAACAGAAAAAAUUGAGCCGCUCGAUCCAAAAGUGCGUGAGUGCAAGUGAAACGGUUAAAUUAUAGUUCCGAGACAGUUGUUACACAAUAGCAAUACGGGAAGUAGAAGAAAAGGAAGAGAAGUGAAGACAACAACAAAUCAGUGCAUUAUCAACAUAAAGACCGAGAAAUUGCUGCCACCCAAGGAGGAGGAGGAGAACUACGAGAACUGUUCGAUCUAUAGCUUACACCUAAAAAAGCAUUUGCCAACGAUUGGUUCUUUGUUUCGUUAACGGUCGGUGCCCGUUGAAUAUCGGCCUGGGCAUUUAAGAGCUUAAUAUUGCAUUGGUUCUAGGUUUAAGUUUCUUGUGUUUAUUUCGUUUGGUUUUAAACUUUCUCGGACAAGUUAAAGGCUCACAUCAUAGUCGGAACAUACUAACAAACGGUCACAAUAAAAAAAAAUUGGGUGGCUGGGCCACAUACUGCCCCGAUUGCCGCAGCUGUCUCUGUCGGUUGUCAGUUGUCGGCUGCCAUUGCUGCUGUCGACCUCGCCGACACAUAGAAAAAGCCCCAAUCCACCCAAAACCUAGCACAAGCACAAAAUCGAGCAAUUUUUUUUAGAGCAGCACAGUAGCAAUAAAAAGCAGCGGUAAAGGGAAGAACCACUCGCACCCAGCAGCACCCCGCCGCCAUUCAUCACUUUAGUGCACGGCGUGCGAAGGGCUCGAGCUUAUUGCUCGAGGAAGCAGCAAAUUGGCGCCCACUCAGGAUUUCGUCUGCGGCCGCAACGGCGUGCGCAGCCGAGGUGUUUAUGUUGUGAACAACAUUGUUAUUCCAGAGCUGAAUGUUGUGACGCCGAAACGCCGUCGGUUCCAAAAGAAGCACGCUCGCUCCCACGCCCACAACCAUACAGAUCAGGAGCAUCAACAUCAGCAGCAGCAGCAGCGGCAGCAAGGCCAGCAGCCACAACAGCAACAACAGCAGCAACAACAGCAGCAACAACAGCAGCAGCAGCAGCAGCAAAUGGCACAUCCGACAUCACAUGAUCGCCGUCUCAAUGAGCUAGAUCACAAUGUGGAGCGUAUAUUCGAUGUGCGAAAGCGUCUUGGUAAGGGGGCUUAUGGCAUUGUUUGGAAGGCUACAGAUCGGCGACAGAAGGAAACUGUGGCUCUGAAGAAGAUAUUUGACGCCUUCCGCGAUGAGACUGAUGCACAGCGCACCUAUCGUGAAGUUAUAUUUUUGAGGGCAUUUCGCCAUCACCCAAAUAUUAUACGCAUGCUCGAUAUUUACAAGGCUGCCAAUAAUUUGGAUUUCUAUUUGGUUUUUGAAUUCAUGGAGAGUGAUUUACACAACGUAAUCAAGAAAGGUGAUAUACUGAAGGACAUACACAAGCGUUUUGUUAUGUAUCAGUUAAUUAAUGCCAUUAAGUAUAUGCACUCGGGCAAUGUUAUACAUAGGGAUCUUAAGCCAAGCAACAUACUCAUUGACAGUAAAUGCAGGCUAAAGGUUGCUGAUUUUGGGUUAGCGCGCACGCUGUCUUCUAAGCGUCGCAACGGGGACUUGGAAUCUAAGGAUGAGCUGGAAAAUCAGCCUGUAUUAACAGACUAUGUUGCCACACGUUGGUAUCGUGCACCAGAAAUACUGGUGGCCAGUCGCAAAUAUACAAAGGGCAUUGAUAUGUGGAGUCUGGGUUGUAUACUGGGCGAAAUGAUACGUCAGAAGCCGCUGUUCCAGGGCACCAGCACAGUUAAUCAGAUUGAGAAAAUUGUAAACGCCUUGCCGGACGUCACACCUCGAGACAUUGAGUCGAUUGGCGCCAGCUUCGGUUCUGUGCUUCUAAGCAAGAAAAUUAUACGCGACAGACGCUAUUCGCUGGACGAGAUGUUACGCAAUUGUUGCGAUGAUGCCAUGGGCCUAGUUAAGGCCCUACUCGUGCUAGAUCCAGACGCAAGACUCACGGCAAAGGCAGCCAUCGGGCAUCCGUAUGUAAAUAGAUUUCGCACUGCCUCAGCGGACAUGGAAAUGCGCGGCGAAGUCCAUCCACCGCUCCAGGAUGACACCCGCUAUGCGGUCGAGGCCUAUCGCAAGAGUCUCUACGACAUGAUAAGUGUGGAGCCACGUAUCGUGGUUCCAGGGCAGGAUACCAAUACUCGCUCUGGCAGCGUGGCACGCGUAAGAGCAACAAAAGAGGCGGGAACCGUAACAACACCAACACCACCUGCCAGCAAAGGGAAGGUGAUGGCGGUGGCAGAUGUCUCUGGAGCUGGAGUCCUACGCGCUUAUGCCGGCGGGACGACACACCCAAGGGUGCCAGACAACCACCCAUCGGGUGUGAACGCAUAUGGCGUCAGUACUAUUCGACGCAACUACACGCAAGCCUGGUCGGAGCAGCAUCACCACCAUCAUCGCAAUCACCAUCAACAUCAGCUGCAGCAGCAGCAACAACAGCAGCAUCAACCUGAGCUUUCACGUCAUAUGAACAGUGUCUUGCAAUAUCAGCAACAACAGCAACAGCCGCCGCAGCAGCAACAGCAGCCGCAUCGGCAUCAGGUGCGUGUGGGGACACCCGUACAACCGCCCGGACGUGCUACCCGUGGCACCAGCAUCGACAUACCAUUGGUUUCGCAGCCGCAGCCGCAGCCGCUUGUGGGACUGGGACGAGAAUUGGCCGCCGUGGCAGCCACAGCACCAUGCAGCACCACAAGUCUCUGGCAGGCACCGGUGGGUGUGCACCCACCGCCGACGCAGCUGCCACAGAUGCCACCGGUGCAACCGAAACAGCAGCUGCCUCAACCACAAGUGACGGCCGUAACUCUGUCGUGGCAACAACCAGCACCACAAUGGCCGGAACGUGUUAAGCUGAAUCGCCUGCCUUGUAAUUGUGUGGCGACUGAUGCACCCCCAGAGAGAGAGCGAGAACAGACUGCGGUAGUAGUAGGUGGGCCGGAAGGUGCCAGCAAAGCAGCAAACCCACGUCAUGCUGCUCCCAAUAAGACGGCACAACAGUCUGGCGAUACGCAGCAUAAGCGUCAACAGGCACGCGCCCAAUCGAAAUCAACCCAGAAGCGAACAGCAAACAGCUUGACGCACAAAUCGGUGGACAAGUCAAACGGUUUAUCUGAAAAGCAGCGCUCAAGCAAUCGACGUGGUCAACGACAGAAGGGUGGUGCUGCGACUGGUGGAGCAGGUGGCGAUGCGCCUCAGCCACAACGCACAGCAGUGCCAUCAGAUAAUGGUCCAUCUCGAUCGGUGGCGGUGGUUAAGAAGACGCAAGCAACUCAACUUUCUGCACCACUGCCACACAGUUUACAGCAACAUAUGCAACAUCUGUUGGCGCAAAACGAAACGUACGAUGCACACCAGCGCCAGCUGGAUAUUGAGCGUCUGAAGCGGCUGGAGGAGCAGUGCGAGAAGGAGAAGAAACAGGCUGAGCUCGACCAGAAGCUAAAGAUUUUGUCUCUAAAGGCGCAGGAGGCAAAAAAGGUGCCUGAAAUGAUAAUAGCGACGACAACGACGACAAUAGCGACACCACCGGAGCAGCAACUCCAGCGUCCGCAAGAGCAGGAGAAGGCCUUGACCAAAUCACGUGAGGAGGAUCAGCAGCAUAUGCGGCGCAUUGCCAUGGAGGCAUCACAGAACGCCCUCAGAUUGUUUAGCCAGCAAAUGCAGCUCCACCAACAGCAGCAACACCAAUUGUAUCAGCAACAGAAGCAGCAGCAACAGCUACAGCAGCAACAAUUGAAGCAACUCCAGCAGCCCCAACUAGAGCAGAACCCAAUCUUCUAUCGUCAGCAAAAGCAACAACAACAACAACAACAACAACAAGCAACAGGAACCAGUCUAGCCAGCUUCGCGCUGCCUCCCUGCAACUGCCCCGCCAACCAAUGCAUCGCCAGUGUGUCCUCAAUGGAUCCCAGUGCGCAGACCUGCUACAAGAGCCGCAUCAACUAUUUGGAGUCGGAGAUGGCCAAGUGUAAGCGUCAGCUGGUCAGCUAUGUUCAGGAUAAUCAGCAAUUGAUGAGCUAUCGCGGUGUUCGCUAUCAUUUGGAACAGCUACAGAAAACGGAUCAGUUCAGUGGGAUGUUCGACCUGGGAGGUGGGGGAGACAGAAAACCGACAGUGACAGAAAUGCCAGCUAAUGGGGCAGAGACGAAACAGCUCGCAUCCCCACAGAAUGACUCGGGGGUGUCGGGCAGCGAGAAUAGUGCCUCGCCUGUUGAUCGGAAGCCUUUUUUUGAUGGACUGAACACCCAGCAUAGCUAUGAGCUUUUUCGUUUGGAACAGAAUAAGCUGAAGAAGCUACAGCUUAAAGAGUUUCUCGCACGUGACGAGAGCAACGCCUUCGAGUUGCCCGAUCUCUGCAAUGUCUAUAAAGCCAGAAGCUAUCAUGAGUUUGAUCAAGAAGACGAUACUGCAUCGGAGGCACCCGGAACGUCAAGUGAUGCUCGAUGUUUGGUUGACGAUGGAACUUCUAGUUCAUGUUUUUAUCGCAGCGAUUCUAUGUGUCCAUUACGUGGUUCCAUUUAUUUUUCCGAUCGCUUAAGCGAGGACACAAAAACCGAAGCCGGCGCUCAGCCCCAAGCCAUCUACAGUUCACCCACAGCAGCUGAGCGCUAUUUACGUGAAUUAUGGGAUGACCUUACACCACGAAAUCCUCCAUUAAGGUCACCAAGACGUCCACAGCCAACGGGUGUCAAUGGACCGAGUCGAUUCCACACCCAGGAGGAAUGGCUACGUGUCUGCCAGAAUCCCAUCAACCCACGUCAGUCCGUUGUGCCAAUCCAACGCAUGCGUCCAGAGGAUAUACAGGAGGUUACUUUCUUUGGUGGAGACCUAUCCACCGCCUAUAAUGAGUUCCAGAAUAGCAACGAUCAGACUUAUUCAAAAUAAUGCAGCAACAUACGAGUACCAGUUUAAAAAAAAAAAGAGCAGCUAGUAUAGCAAAAUAUGUGCGCGUUAGCUUCGUUUAGAACAGAUAUCUAUUUAGGACCUAGUUAUAUUGUGUAGUUUAGAGAAAUGUUAGAUAUACAACUAGAUAGAUUUGUAGAGAAAAUAGUGCUAUAAAUACGAUAUGUAAAUUAAUCAAUUUAUUUCAUUGCUGAAUAAAAACUUAAGA